GGUGGCUCCGACGCAGCCCGGCCCGCCCAGCAGCGCCGCCCUCUGCGCCGGGCACCCGAGCGGGACCGGGGGCGCCGCUGCCCACCACGACGGAGGCUCCGGGGAUGCCGCCACGGGCGCCCCCUCCCGAGGCCGGACAGCUCCCUCCAGGGGCGGAGAAAGGGAGGACGGCGUCUCCGCGGGCGGCGGCAGUGCCGAGAGGAGGGGGCCCCGCCGAGAAGCCUCCUCCUCCCCGCCGCCGCCGCCGCCGCGUCCAAGCACACACCCGGGAGGGAGGGAGGGAGGGAGGGAGGGAGGGCCGGAGCGCCGUCGGGGCUGAUGGGGGCGGGGCCCGUGGGGGCUUCCUUAAGAGGCCCAGGCGGCCCGAGAGGCCUGGCGUCGGCAGCUCCGCCCAGCCCCGUGGCGAAGGCCGGCAGGGAACGUGUGGGCCCGGCGGCGGCUCCUCCCUCGCUCCCUCCGGAGGCCGGAAGCCCGAGAGAGGCCCGUUCGGUUCCCGGGCCCAGGCACCCCCGCACCGGGGAGAGGCGCGCCCCCCAUUUGGCCGAGGACCGGAGCGGGCCCCGCCAGGACGACGCCGAGGAGGGGGACAGAAGCGCCGCUGGGUCCGGCUACUCGCACGGCGGCGGCCACCGACGGACUUCCGAGAUCCAGGUAACCCGUCAGGUUGAACAGCACCCUUCCAACACAUCUCCCAGAGGGGCCCACCCCACUGACCGCAUCCCUACAUGACCACCGUCUUCAGCCAGCUGCUCCCCAUCCAUGAGAGGACCUCAAUCUCUAGAUCACUCUGAGCCUUUUGGUCGGGAAUCCAAUCGACUGUCCCCACUGUACCUUCCGGGUCUGGUGUUGACACACAAGGACUCUGUGGACAACUCCCCCCUUUUUAUGGUUUCCAAUUUAUUAGACACUGUGCCCUCCUUGAUGUACACAGCAACACCCCCACCAAUGUACCCUUCAGGAUCCUUACAACAAGCCUGUAAAGUAGGCCAGUUUUAGAAACUCCACAUUACAGUGGGCAAAAGGGCUCUUCCAGAAGCAGGAUUUCACCUUGAGAGUUCUUUCUUAGGAGUUUAAUCUCUUAGCCGUGGUGGUGAAUUCAAGUGUUUAGCCCUGGCGUGGGAACACACAUGCCAAAGGCAGCCAUGGUAUACAUCUGUUUGUACUUUUGCUUCAUUUACUGAGCCCUUCAGGGGAGAGUGGUUAAUAAAGUCGAAUGAAUGAAUAAAAUGUAUUAUCAACUUUCCUUCUUGAGGCACAUUAUUCCAGCAGGUCUAAAUUCCAGAACUUCACUAUGCAGAAAAGUAUUCACUGCAGAGGACUGACAAGCUAUAUAUAUCCAGUCUUAAGGGUAACCGCCUCUCAGCAACACCUUUGGAAAGAGUUAAAACAAGUGUGGGGAAUGCUUUUUCAUUUACUAUACAGUAACCACCUGCUUGUACUAAGGUAUGAAGUUCCAGGUUUGAGGAAGUGAUUUGCACACAGGUAUAAGUUGGGCAUCUCUCAUUUUGUUCAUUCAAACACUGAUAACAUCCUUUCUCCCUCACAAACAUACAUUUUUUGACUCCUAGCCCCACAGUGUUAUGCCUUGCAAAUCUCUUGAGAGAAUCUGGACACCAAAAAAGGACUUCGAGUAUGCUCAGAAGCAAGUCACCUUUUCCUGGAUAGCAGAUGGUGUGCCAUAUUGCCAAUAUGUGGAUUCUUUUCUAUAUGUGGAUAUCUACAUAUUUAAUGGAAUAGUUAACAAGGAGCUCUUAUAACCAAAUCAAGUUUACAAACUGAUUAGAUAUCAUCAAUUAUAUCAAGGAAUACCUAUGGGUUUCCAUCUUGGAAUUGGAGUUCCAGUACAUUAACAAGUUAGGCCAUUGUCCAGAGAAUUUGUUUACCCCAAAAUUCAAUAGUUUUUGCGCACGUACAUAGUAUGUUAACUUGAUAAUUCAUUUUACAAAUAUUAAACUAUUCUGAUCUUGCUUGUGCUUUUCCAUUGUUCGUUUAUUACAAUGCAACUAUUUACUGCAGCUAGCAGACUUGCAACCUUUUCCAAAUCUAUGACCUUUCUAGCUAGAGAUGCUGGGAAUUGACCCUGUGACUUUCUGCGUCCUCUGCAUGCUGAGGUCAGUAACUGGGCCAUAGCCCCUCCAAUCUAGUACUUCGUUUUUCAGAUUGCCAAUGAAUCUGGUAGUGAUAUUAAUAUGCUGUAUGUAACUAAUUAUUUCAGAUACUUGAUCCACAAUGUCCAUCCCAAAAGCUUGAUAUGUAGGACCUGUACAAAAUAUAUGUUUAAAAUCUGCCUUAUUAGCAUGGUACCAAUAUUUAUCACUACUUGUAUACUGUGUGACAUCAAAUGUAAUUGAUACUGAAUCUUAACAAAAUUUUCUUUUAAAUAUGCAGAGUGUAGUCUAGAAGGAAUAUUGUUUCAUAUCUGUUUCGAAACAGAACUUAAGAUAUAUUUUCCUUAUUUUUUCCAGAUGUAGGAACUGAAUGAUUCAGUUUUAACAAUAUUGAAUAAAAUAAUGCAACAUGCUC